AUGGUGUUUUCCAUCCCCUCCUUCCUGGGCCUUGGUGACCGGUACAAGCAUGCGGUGGAUGAGCGGGCGCAGGGGGUCAAUUUUGUUACCUGCUACCCAAAGACAGGCCACAACCCCGACGCGCUCUUUGACAAGGAGUUCAAGUACAUGUACAACGGCGACCGCCGCUCGGACCCGGAGACUAUGGCUCGUCGGGAACAAAUGGAAAAACGAAAGAAAGAUAUGACAGCCACUGGCUUCGCAUACGUUGGCCCACCGCAGAAAGGGGAAGGCCUUGGGUCGUACUAUGGCUUGAUUCAGCGGGAACCGUACCCCCAUAUUCCCGACAAUCCCAUGCCGCGUGGACCGCAGCCCUUUCCCAAGUCCAUGCCGCGUCAAAUAUUGACAUCUCCUGGCAAAUUGGGCAGUUACGGGACACCGGGAUUGGCCCUGAGCGAGAUUGGCAACGAGUACAUCGCGACCAUCUACGAUCAGCCUCGUAUUAACGCAAAGAAGGAACGCGAUGCGUGGCGCCGUCGUAUGCCUGCGGUUCCAUUCAUACCUGUUGGACGUCGUGGCUACACUUUCGAUGAAUCCCCGUUCGCUGGGGUCUCCACGUGUUACGUGAUGACCAAACCGUUCAUGCCCAAACUGGUGCGGCCCUCAUUCAAGCACUUUGUAGUAGACAAGCCGUGGCGGCCUGCCGGAUACGUAGAGGACAAACCCACCGCCAUGGAUUACCGGGAGGAUCCGUAUAACGCAUUUGAUCCCAGGGAGGAUCCAAAGUCGCGUGUGAAGAAGCCAAGCGACGCCGUUUUUAGGACGGGCUAUCGCUGUGACAACUUUUGGUACACACAGAGUAUCGUCUUUAGGCGUCUUUAA